CAUUGUUUUUCUAACUUGGUUGAUUAUUUUUUUUCUCCAGGUUGGCUCAGGUAAAUCAUCCUUGUUAAACUCUAUAUUGGGAGAAAUGAGACUUAUCCAUGGGUGUAUACAUUCCUGUGGAUCUACAGCAUACGUACCACAGGUACCAUGGAUACAGUCAGGUUCAGUACGUGAUAAUAUUUUGUUUGGAGAGGAAAUUAUUACUCAACGGUAUGGGGAAGUAUUGCAUGCCUGUGCACUCGAUGUUGACAUUUCGCGAAUGGCUGGAGGUGAUUUGGCAUAUAUUGGGGAGAAAGGGCUCAAUUUAUCUGGGGGUCAGCGGGCCCGUCUUGCACUCGCUAGAGCCAUAUAUCACGACUCUGAGCUGUACUUGCUUGAUGAUGUAUUGAGUGCUGUUGAUUCACAUGUUGCUAACUGGGUUCUAAGCAAAGCACUUUUGGGUCCUUUGACUAACCAGAAGACACGUGUACUUUGUACACAUAACGCUCAGGCAAUUGCUUCUGCAGAUUUAAUUGUUGUCAUGGAUAAAGGAAAUGUAAGAUGGAUUGGGAGCUUCGAUGGGUUUCUGUCAUCCCCAUAUUCAACGAUAUCCAUGUUCGAAGACUCCAAAAUUUCAUCUGUGGAGUUAUCAGGGGAAAAAAGUAUUUCUAGUGAUCUGGAUGAAAUAACAUCUUACGGAGAACAGGGAAGUGAUUGUAUAGUUUCUAUGGAUCAAACUCAAGAUGCUGCAGAAUUAGAGUUCAGGAAAGAGGGCAGAGUUGAAUUUGAUGUCUAUAAAAGCUAUGCGACAUUUGUUGGUUGGCCUCUUGUUGUUCUGAUUGCUUUAUCAGCAAUUUUUAUGCAAGCAUCUCGCAAUGGAAAUGAUCUUUGGUUAUCUUAUUGGGUUGAUGCCAGAGUUGGAACAGAUUAUACAGCCUUUUACCUGGUAAUACUCUGCAUCUUUAGUGCUGCCAAUUCCAUUUUAACAUUCGCAAGAGCUUUCUCAUUUGCAUAUGGUGGCUUAAGAGCUGCAGUACAGGUGCAUCUUGAACUUUUGAGCAAAAUUGUCAAUGCACCUGUACAAUUCUUUGACCGUAAUCCAAGUGGAAGGAUACUUAAUAGGUUUUCUUCGGAUUUGUACAUGAUUGAUGAUUCCCUUCCAUUUAUUCUUAACAUUCUAUUAGCAAACCUCUUAAGCCUUGUGGGCAUUGCAGUAGUUUUAUCAUAUGCACAGAUUGUCGUCUUACUUCUCAUAUUUCCUUUUUGGUAUAUAUACAGAAAAAUACAGGUACAUGCUAAGAUGCUAUUGCACUUGCCCGUUUUGCAAGCAUUUUGUGUUAUUGGUUUUUUUAUCGUGGGAAAUUUUGUGAAACGUUAAAUAAAUUGUUUCUAG